AAAGUUUGUUUUAAAACAGCUUACUCUCUACAGAAUCGCUGUAGUCGUUCGAUGGUCAGUAUUUGAUCGGGAUCAAGGCAAAUAAUAUAAACAAUAAAAAGAGCGAUCGCCGUUACUAUAAGUUCAACAAGUAUAAAAAUUAAAACUUAAAAAAACUGCACCCCUGACAAUGCAUAUACGUAAUAUGUACAUACGACGUAGCCGGUAAAUAGGACCGAAAUUUGAACAUCGCGGUUUUUGUUCUAUCUUAAUAUCUUCUAUAAAGUCUGGGAAAAACUAAACUUCAACCUCGAUUUGCCUUAGUCUAAAAUGAAGAUUAGGUUGACAGGCUUGUGGUUGUAGUGGUAGACUAAACGGCAAGUUAGACUCUGAAUGGGCUGUGGCUUGGGGUAGCUGGCCAAUAAUAUCUAGUGUUGGCCCACAACCAUAAGAUGGCGAUGGGCCAUCGUUGGCUAAAGAGUUGCUUGCUUGUUGCCAGAGACGCGGGAAGGGGGUCUAGGUUUAAGGACAGUGCGAAAAAAGUAAGGUGAAUUAGGUACGAAUUAGGAAAUGGUCGAGUUUUCUGCGCGUGUUGGCGAAGGGUCCGUACUCGUGCUUUCCGGCGAUAACCGCUGCGCCAUAGGUAGCGGCGAUGGUGCACUUUAUAAGCCGCGCAGCCGAGGGGGCUGCGACCCUGGGGACUGUAGGAUACGUCGUGUUUGAACUAAGCAGGAGGAGUGAGGGGUCGACUCCUGAACAUGAUGGUAAAGGCAGUGACGGCGACAGCGGCAGCAGCGGACAAGGCUGUCGUCUUCUGACGCAUGCGUGGUUUCCUUCCCCUUUGCGCGACCUCACAGACCACAGGAAAUGCGUGCAGCAGGCUAUCCUACCGACGUGCUGGUUUGCCUUUGGCUCUUCGUUAAUCUACAUAUACCUGCUACGGAGUUCGCUGCUUGCUGACUUUCUUCCUCCUCGCACGUUAUAAAGUUGAUAAGCCAUACAUUCACACGCCAACAUCCACUGCUUACACACAUACACACAGACAAGUAUGCAGGCGCAGAUACGUACACUUGGCACAUCCGCAAACACAUAGACACACGACAAAAACGAAUGAAUCAUAAAUAGAUAUUUAGGGAGAACCAAAUGCCCAUAUAUGACACAUAUAAAAAGCACACAGACUCUCCCAACUACACAAGGCGGAUAUACACACAAAUUCCAAAGGCAAAGACUCAAGCUGAGGGACCGACUAACCGAGCCACUAACGAGCCAGUGCCUGUUUCGCUGGGUGGGAAGAAUGUGUGUGUGCGCGCGCCUCCGUGUUCGAGUGCGCGGUCGAGCGGGCGAGCGAACGAACGAAAGAACCGUGUCCAAAGGAUGGCCGACGGCCGCGACUGCUGUUUCUGCACCUGCAAGUAGCAACUGGGCAACAGAGCAAAAGGAGGAAGGCAGACAAGCAGUUGUCCUGCGGUUAAAGAUAGACGUGGUUAAAGCGAUGUGGUGUAUUCCGUACCCCAAUAACAAGGAACAGGAAUACAAGCGCAGGAUAGCAUUGUUCGGUCGCAUUUAUGCCCGUUUUGACGCUUUAAUCAAUCUGUCUGCAGACUAAUUGAGCAAUACCAAAACUAACUAACAGUGUCUAGCCAACUGUCCUGUGUGCGGUUAACAGCUGAGCACACGCGUUCCAUAUAUGCUGGAGACAGCAGUAACGAGUUGACAAAAAAAGGAACGACAAAGAGUGACGGGCUAAUUCGAUCUGUGUGUGCGUGUGACUGGUAAUUGCGUGUCAUACGUGUGUGAAGCCACUUGAGCAGAAACGGCGAUAUUCAUCAACUGCUUUAUUCUAUUGACGAUUGCAACAACAUCAACAACUAGUAAGCAAACGCCUCGACAUUUACGUCGUUGUAGAGACCUCUAGCGUCGAGCGCCCGGACACGCUUAACAAAGUGUCUGAGGAACACCGAACAGGGUUAGCUGACUAAGUAGGGAACACCUGAGUUGCGUUUGACGCGGUGGCAGCCUGGAACCGUGGUUGUGACAGUUAUCCUUUCGCGUCUCAUUGUGUUAGUCUAUUUGUUCGUCUGUUGAAACACUCUUCUCUCGAAACACUAUCGGCAGCCCUAGCAGCCUCUGAUACUACCGCUAAAUCUGGGGCUACUGCCGUAGCAGUGUCUAUUGUGAGGGCGCCAGCCAUCGCAGUUACAAUCGUGCAUUGAUAAACUGCCACAGUCACAUAGCCUCUGCUGUCGUCGUCGUCAUCGUUCCACACGGACGGUGGCUGUGCCAACCGUUUGUAAAAAGCGACUGUGGAAGUGUGAGCAUAGUAAGCAUUUCCUCGUUUUUGUCGCUGCUGCUGCCGGCGUGUAAUGCUCGUACCUCUACUCGUCGUCAUUGUCGUCGAGUAAGCAGAGAGGAGUAGAGCGGAGUCACAUCGUGGAGCGAACGAACGUUGAGCGGUGGUCGCCCAGUUUGGUAAUGUUGACAAGCGGGCGGGCGGACAAGCGAGCGAGCGGAUAAGCAGUAUUUCAGCAGCGAACUGCUAAACAGCAGUAGUGCAUUUGUGACAUGUCCUUUUUGGGUCUGUGAUGCUUGUAGUGCAAACUGAGGAUUGUGUAGAGCUAAAGGUUGCCGCCGAAGUUAGCGUUAGCCGGAAGAAACAUGAAGAUGGCCGGUCAGGGUUCUGACGAAGACACGAUUCGUGCAUGCGAGGCGUACUGUGAGAAGCACGAAAUACAACGCUUGCUCAAAGAGUGCAUCGUACAGCUGUGCGUGCAAAGACCCAGUAACCCUGUGGUCUUCCUCAGAGACUACUUCGCCAAGCUGGAUAAGGAAACUGCGAUGAAAAGCAAGGGUUGCCUGACCACGUCUGGGUCGGGGGACCAGUCUGGAGAAGAGGCUCUUUCACCUUUGCCACAACCCCCAGCGAGGAGUCGUCGAGGCGCCGUUUCUGCCGAAACCUAUUCAGAGGAAGAUGCGACAAAUUACGUGAAAAAAGUGGUUCCAAAGGACUACAAAACAAUGGCGGCACUUUCAAAGGCGAUCGAGAAAAACGUUCUAUUCAGCCAUCUAGAUGAGAAGGAAAAGUCAGAUAUCUUCGACGCUAUGUUCGGCGUUGAAGCAAAAGCUGGCGAAACAAUUAUUCAACAAGGAGACGAUGGUGACAACUUCUAUAUUAUUGAUUCGGGAACCGUCGACAUCUACGUGAACAAUCGAUUGGUGACGUCCAUCGUUGACGUAGGCAGUUUCGGUGAAUUGGCGCUGAUCUACGGCACUCCGCGUGCUGCCACGGUGAAAGCGAAAACCGACGUCAAGUUAUGGGCCAUUGAUCGUGACACCUAUCGACGUAUUCUCAUGGGUUCUACCAUUCGAAAGAGAAAACUGUACGAGGAGUUUCUUUCAAAGGUUUCGAUUUUGGAGUCGCUGGACAAAUGGGAGCGUCUUACAGUCGCCGACGCAUUAGAGCCCGUCCAGUUCCAAGAUGGCGAUGUUAUUGUUGAGCAGGGUCAAGCCGGUGAUGAUUUCUUCAUAAUUGAGGAAGGACACGCUAAGGUCCUGCAGAGAAGAGCACCUGGAGAACCGCAAGAGGAGGUUGGACAACUUGGGAAGUCCGACUACUUUGGUCACUCCAGAUCCUUAUCGACCAACUGCCAUCAGUCAGCGAACCAAAAGACCCCUAUCGACCCGACCAGGCGCCAUCCCACCAGCAUCAACUCUAGCUACCAAGCAGGCAAACCGUUAAACAACAACAACAGUAUCGGUUGUAUUGAACCAUCCAUUCUACCCAAAAUGAAUGGCAUCGAAUGACAACAAUAUAUGUUUAAUAAUGGCACCAACAACAGUAACUAAAGCCAGUACCAAACAGGUAGACGGGAACGAAACAAACAAAAAGAAACCUGAAAAAUCCUAUUGAACGUGCGCAUAAUAAACACAUUAUGUUAAAAAUAAUAGUGAUAAUAAUUGUGAAUAAUAUCCCACUCUACGGUGUAUCUGUAUUUAUCUAUACAUAGAUCAAUGAGUCGAUUCGUAAUGAUAAUAUUAUGUAUGUGCGUGUAUACGAAGGAUUGAUAGGUAGUUGCAGUCGAAUAGUGCAUUGCUUAUGGGACUUUCACACGUAGGCCAUUAGGGCCGACACGCCCUAAGAGGACGGGCAGAUUGACCAUGUUGAUAACAUCAGGCACAAUUACACGCAAGCCGGUACUACGCACAGGCCCCUUCAGUUUAAAUAAAAAUAAUAAUAAAGACAAAAAUAAGAAUUCUACAGAAUUUACCUUUCAUAACAAAAAAAUGACUCCGAAAUUACAACAUUGUAGAGACAGUAAUAAAUACAAUACUUAACCAGCUCUCCAUGAAUUGAGUCACCUCUAGAAGUAAUAGUUGAUAAUCAGCCUGUUUCUCCUUUAUUUUAUUCUGGAUCUUCACCGGUCAAUCAUCCGACCACACAAAAAGGUAGCUCGACUAGACAGACACGGGUGUUGAUGCUAACCAGUUAAAUAUAUAUAUAUAUAUUAUAGACAGUAACGUCGCCUCUGAUAUUUCAGCGGUCAUCUAGGCCAACAUCAAAUCAAGAUAAGAGGGAAGGGGGAGAUAAAAAGGAACCAUUUUGCGACACGUACAACAGUACAAUGAUGAAAAAUUAAUUCAUGCGUCUAGUUCCGGCAAAACAAAGUCUACAACGAUUACAUCGAGAAAAGGCGGAAAAAAGUGAUGAGCGAAACAUUGGCCAGCCAUCUUGCGUAACGUUGUGGAAACGACAAUUAAGCAGCAGCAUUCUAAAUUACAACUAUAAAAUGUGAAAGUGAAAGUGACAACAACAACAGUGGCACCAACAACAAAUAAUAAUAACAAUAACAUUAGUAAAAAUCAAAAUAAUAACAAUAACAACAAUAACACCAUGAUCGAGCUAAUGAUGCAUACCAAGCCACCGCGGCAAAAUCAUGGACAAAUGAUUAUGCUUACGUGUUUGUGCUGCGUGCAUCAUGAAGAUAAAGUGCAUGAUAAGGAUAAGGUUUCUGUUGUUGCUCCUGUUCAACCAUGCGUGGUGUAGUUGCGUGCCCAACAUACAAUGAAUGAAUGAAUAAAUGAUUAAUAAUGAUGAAAAUGGACUGGCUAUCUGCUCGCUUAGUCGCAACGAAAGCUUAGGGGUCGAUUAGCAGCGUUGCGGGAUACCUAGUGGGUUCAAGAAAGGCUCGUCGAAAUUACUCUUGCGCGCACCGGGUUCUGUCGGUUCUCACCCGGGGGUUACUGUCAUUUGCCAGAGAAGUAUAGUAUUUAAUAGUAACACACAUAACAAUAUUAAUAAUGAUGGUAACAAUAAUACACUUACAAAAACACCGAUUGGAUCAGAUGAUCAAGACGUAAGCGCAGCAUAUCUGUGGAACAAUUCGAUGGAUAUUAAAACAUUACAAUGUCACACAAAGUUAUUGUCGUUUUGACGCAGGCGGUGGUGUAUUGUUUAUUGUGACUACUCUUUUUCUAUUUAAUUACCAAGGCACCAGGCUGCCUAGAAGGACUAAUACACAAGCAGAACAAAGUAAUCAUAUGGCGGAGAUAAUAAUUGGCAAUUGAAUUAGUGUCCUUUAUAUAUAGUUAGGGGUAGAUGGGUUGUAUAAGGUUAGCAUGUAUGAUGUUUUGUCCGGUAAAUACUUGCCGAUCUACCUAAAAUAAGGAAUUUUUUUACACAUAACCUGUGGGGUUCUUAGAAAAUGUCCACAAAAUCUGACGAUCUAUUACCAGAGAUGAAAGGUUAAGAAACCAAUAAAUCUUUGCGCCCCUUUUAUUGAAUUGUCUCGUCUUAAUUUAUUUUGAAUACCAUUUCACCAAUUUCUGACCAUGAAAUAACUGAUACUACAAGCUGUUGAGAAACAAGCCUUUCUGCCUGCGUAGCAUACGUAAGAUUUACAUAAGUAUGUCUGAAUAAAUAACUUCAUCGUACUGAUGGCAAAAGUUAUCCGCAAACAUUCUACCAAAUCAAACAUGCCCGUUGAAUACUAUCUACUAGAAUGGCUUCAGUACGGGAAAGACCUCCCUAACAUCCUAUGUUUUCCAUCAUUAUCAGAGAAAGUCCACCUUUGUUUUGUAAAUCGGUAAGAAAACUCGAUUACUAUGGUAUUAAACCCGCAAGACGCAGUCGAGUCUCGUAAAUACACCAGGACAUACCAAUACGACAAAACCACCCACUGCAAUGCAGUAUGCGCCCUUUUAGUCUUCCUUCAGCUUCUCUUUAUCACCUUUCUCUUGUAUGAUUACUAGUAUUUUUCAAACGCUGCUGCUGUUGCGGUGAAAGCGACGGUUCAUUCAGUAACAGAAUAACUUAGUCAAUCAUGACCAACAAUAUUAUCACUCAUAUAUGAAUGGAUAAGCUGCUAGCCAGCGGGUUCAUGAAUUAUAUUCACUAUUGUUUACUUAUUGUUUUUGUUAAUUUAAAUCGAUUAUUUGCAGCAAAAGCUUUUCUAUUUUCUAUUUUUUAACUUUUAGUGAAUUAUCCAUCUAAAAAGUAUAAUCGUUUAUAUCGUCAGUGUAUGGGCAUGCUGUGGCUGCUUCAUAAACAAACAGUUACAUGCGCAACCUCUUAAUGAAAUAUUCUAGACUGUUUGCAUAAAUAUAUCUACUGUAGUUUCAAAUAAUGGGACUGGUCCAACAACAACAAACUAAAUAUUAAAGUUCAUUUUGAGGGGUUCAUUAAGGUAAUCAUGGAUUUAAUACUUCGCAGAUACGCCCACCAGUCGUUGGUCCGAAGUUCUUUGAACAAAAUUACACCAGACCGGUGAUGUAUGCAAAUACACGAUUUAAACCGAGUCGCAUCCUGCUUCUAGAACGUGUAAGAGAAAUGGUGGUUGGAAGCAUCUCUUACGAUGACCUUAGCAGUUAUAUGACAUCUACGGUGAAUAAUGGCUUAUAUCUCCAAUGUAUGUGUAUCUCGCGGCUGCUUCGUAAAUAUGCAGCUGCACGCGCAACAUUUCAAAAAGAGCGUGAAACAAAUAACAGAUAAUAGGAGGUAUAUUAUACGCGGAGCGGUAUGAAACGAUUGUUCGAUAUAUUGAUGCAAUGCCAACAAAUUAGAUAGGAUUACAGGAUGGACAUAGUGAAAGACAUAAAAAAACGUCACAAUGGCUUUCGCUUUUAAUUCUAAAGAUAGCAACUUCAUUCAAGACUGGUACUAACUGCUUAAUACAAACAGACGAACAUCGGUAAAAUCACAUAUGCAAAAAUACUAGACAACAGCUUUUCCUCUACUUCUGAAAUGGCGGCGAAAGUCGUGUUGCGUUAUACAGCGGCAAUCGGGCCGGGAAGAAUUGGGGUCGUCUGGUUUGAAUGUAUUACAUUAGUAUGUAAAUGAGAAUUGGUAAUUGGCAUGGGAAAAAAAUGUCAACGAUUGCAGAUUAAGUUCGACUUGAUUCGUGCCGGCUGCCUUCAAAAGCUUAUCAAAAGAAAAGCAAUAACAGUAUAAAAGUUCCGCUUCCAGUUGAAUGUAUGUUGCAACGGAAGCAAAAGAAGCUGAGAAUGUGUGGAACAUGAAGCCGAGAUUAAGUUUCAAAGGCAGGAACUCUCACAUACCGCAUAGGCUUGUCUAGCACAACUAAAACCGCACGUAAAACCUGUAAUAUCGAAAGACAGGCCCACAAACGGAUACAACCAAACACCGAUAAUAAUAGUAUAAUGACAUUCAUGUUGAAUAACAAGAUGUUGACUGUACGUGUUACUUGGUGGAUCCAUGAUGACGAUUAGGUGACAAAUUAAAUACGGUGAUAUGAUUUGAAAUAGUUACUGCCUUUCUAAAUGGUAGAGUCGGACUUUUAAUUAUGUAUUUUAUCUGAAGCAGUUAAUAAAUACCGCUCCAAUCACAAUAAAGAAUACUAAUGUUGAUAAUAACUCCCAUCUAAUCCGCUAUUAACAUUUCGAGUUGAGUUUAACAAAUCACUAAUGAGAGAACGCUGCAACAAAACAAUAAAUAAUAGAAGCAGAAAAAAAAAAGACAAGCUCUCUAUUCUUAGCCUAUUCCAAUAUAUCGGCGGGAUUUUUUGGGAAUCACUACAAAGCGAUUGUGACAUUGUCACAGCAUAUAUAUAUAUA